AUGGAGCUACUCGCCGCGCUGCUUCUCCUGCAGGUUACUGCUGCCAACAGUUUUUCUCAUGAAAUUGAAAAUUCCCGUUUAAGACAAGCCAUCCGAAAGAGGAGUAUUCAGCUUGCAAAAAGGGCCUGGGUUGUCACCACCAUUGACGUUCAAGAGGAGGACAAAGGACCAUUCCCAAAAUAUGCUGGACAGCUGUUCAAUAACAAAUCAUCUAAUACAUCAGUAAAAUAUUUAAUCAGUGGACCUGGGGUAGAUGAAUCUCCAGAGAUUGGAUUGUUUUCUAUAGAUGAUGAUGCAAACGGACAUGUGUACAUACAUCGUACCAUUGACAGAGAAAAGACCCCAACCUUUCAGAUACGUUUCGAUAUUGUGUACAGAAAAACUGGUGAACCAUUGGACCGCCCUUUAUUUUUCAAGAUAAAAGUUAAAGAUAUUAAUGACAACGCACCCAAGUUUCUCAAGGAGGAAUAUAGCGUUACAGUAAGAGAGAACCACAAUAAAGAUGAGCCAGUUUUCCAAGUUACUGCCUCGGACAAAGAUGAAGACGGCACUGCCAAUUCUCAGGUGUCCUAUUCUCUAAUUAUGCAAAUGCCCCUUCCAGAUGGAUUCACAUUUAAUAUUGAUCCUACCACAGGAUCAAUACUUCUGUCAGGAUGCCUGGAUUAUAAGAUUGCCAACUCUUUCAAACUUCUGAUUAAAGCCAGUGACCAUGGAACUCCCCAGCUGUCAUCUACUGCCACAGUGAAUGUAGCUGUUGAAGAUGCAAACAACCACUUCCCUGUAUUUACUAGUGAUAAUUACCAGCUACAGGUUUCAGCAGGUCAAGAACAUCCAGCUGUAUUACGGCUCCAAGUAGAAGAUAAAGACUCUCCCAACACUCCAGCUUGGAGAGCAAAAUACAGAAUAACAAAAGGCAAUGAGAAGGAACAGUUCACCAUUGAGACGGAUCCGGACACAAAUGAAGGCAUUUUGAGUGUUAUCGAGCCUCUCAACUAUGAAGAUGAUUCUGAGAUGAGACUUGUUAUUUCUGUAGCAAAUGAAGAACCUUUCUUCUUGUGUAAAAACGGCGUUGUGAUGAUCUCAAGCCUAGAAUCCAUGAAUACAACUGUGAACAUCAAGGUCUUACAGUCACAACGCGCUCCUAGGUUUCAUCCUUCUAUACUUAUUGUCCAAAAAGAAGAUUCAAUGAAGCCUGGGAGAGUGUUUAGAAGGUAUCCUGCCACAUAUCCAGAAGAUGUGCCAAAUAAGAUAAAAUAUGAACUAGCACAUGACCCAGAUGGUUGGCUGAGUGUGGAUGAGAGUUCUGGAGUUCUUACUGUGGCAAAAGAAUUUGGUCAAGAAUCCCCUUAUGUGAACAACAGCCUGUAUACCAUUAUCGUUCAUGCUAUUGAUCAUGGUAUUCCACCGCAGACUGGUACUGGCACCAUCCUGCUUUACUUGUCUGACAUUAAUGAUCGUAUGCCAACAUUAGUGGCUCCUUCUUUAGAUGUGUGUGUCAAAAAAGAAGGGAUACCUCUCAUUAUAAAAGCUAAGUCUGCUCUGGUCCAUUCACGUUCUGGGCCAUUUACAUUUGAGCUGGCUGAGGACUCUGAAGAUGUGAAGCAUAACUGGAAAUUAGGAAGGAACUUUGGGGAGUCAGUUGAGCUUUUAAUGUUAAGAAGCCUCCCAGAAGGUAGCUACUUGGUGCCCGUCAUUAUUCAGGACAGGCAAGGAUUUUCUACAAGGCAGAAUCAGCAUGUUAGGCUCUGCUUUUGCCCAGAUGGACAUGCAUGUAAAGAUUCACCACUUCCACAAGCAGCAGUGAGAAUUGGAGGUGGUGCCAUUGCAAUAAUACUGAUGGCUUUCUUAUUACUACUGGUUUUCAGUAUUCUACUUUACCAGUUUUACGUGCGGGGAUCUAAAAGCAAAGCUAUUGUUCUACCUCAAGAAGGUGAACAGACUUUAAUCAACUAUAAUGAAGAGAGCAGAAUGUCUUUCUCUCAAGAUGGCCUGUACGCUAGUUACGAGACAUUGCAAGUAAGACACCUUGAUUGCAUCAUAGAGACAGUGGACAAAAUACUGGGUCAGAAACUGUAUUACCAAAACACCCUGGAAGAUUACGGGGCCAUCUAUGAACCUUGCAGAUACGCUGAGGAAGGAGAACUAGAGCAAAGUAACUCCACCUGCUCUGCCUCCAUUGGCAGUGAGGAGCUGCCUGUUGAUUUUUUGAACACUCUGGGACCAAAGUUUUCUGCUCUGGAAGAAAUCUGUCAGAAGUAAUUUCCAUCAUUCAAUUAAUUUCAAAAGGCUGUGACUACUUUAUGGUGUUGCAAAGGUUUCUGGCAGAAGCACUGACAAAUUCUGAAAAAAAGAACUGUCUGUGGCAGAAAGCUUUGCGGUAUGUUUGCACCAUGAGUACCUGGCCAUUUAUUCUUCCUGCCUACACUGUUCGCAUGCCUGUGGCCAAGAAUGUGACCUAUCUAGAAGGUCCACGCUGCUCUGCAGAGAUGAUGAAGUGAUUUUGGCAUAUUCUGUGCAGACUUACACAAAUAGGAGAUCUGAUAUUAAGCAUCCUCAAUUUAGUAUGCAAAGGAAAAAAACAGAUCUACUAGGCUAGAAAUUCCAGUCAAAGUUCCGUAUGAAAAUAAGCCAGUAUUGAACAGAGAAGGCAAUUACCAGCUAGGCCAGCGAUACAGUCCUUUCUCCAGUAAGAAGUCUCUUUAAAUCCAAGAUUAACUUUAGUGCAGUGCCAUGCGGAUCUGACUUGAUGUUCAAAUCUUUUAUUUCUAUAUGACACUGAAACAUCAAAGAGAAAGUGCACUUCUACUCUUAGUGUGACUGUAACCGCAUAAUGACCUGAGAGGUCUGCACCGUCCUUGCCUUUUAGCUUAAAACAGGCGCUUAUUUAUGUUUGCAUGCUUAUGCUGGCAUCUGGUGGCCCUUAGUAUUAUUACAAUAUCAUAAAUACUCCAAAUGCUAAGAAAUUGUUGACGGAGGACAAGGUAUGGUUAUUCCUUUCAUUCAAAUAACUACCUUCUCUAAAUUAGCUACAAGUGACUGUGGUGAAGAAAUUCAUGGGUUUCCUCAAGCACCACUGAUAAAACAGAUGACAUGAUACAGAAAGGAUGGUAUCAAGUUUCUCUGUAUGGAAACCACAGAUGUGUUACUUCCAAAUUUUGUGAUCUGUGCAUGUCUGAAUGUGUGCAAUUGACCUAUGCUCAGUUAUAGCAUGGUGGCUAUAGGUGUUUUAAUACAUGAAUGAGGAAAGAAUAGCUCAGAAGAUAGUAUUCUGCCAUUAGGUAAGUUAUACAGGCAGUAAGAGAUGGAAUUAGUCACGAUUCUUACUUCCGCUCUAUUACAAUUCUGUGCUAAAAGAAAAACGCUUUGCCUAAGGCAAGCACUAAGUCUGGUAUCUAAGGCACUGUUCUUCUGUUUGAAAGUUUACAUAAACAAUAAAUUAUGCUUUUGCUCAGAUGUUAUUAACUAAUAAUUCAAGGCU